AUGGUUGCGCCAUUCUGGUCCGACAUUGAUCUGAAAGGGACGAACUUCGCUGACAUUUUCUACCACCUGUAUGACAAAUACUCCGUAUCGAACACCUCUGCAAAUGAGGCGGAAGUCUUCCUGAAGUCAGCAGUGUCAACUUUGCAGUCACAUAACUCGGAGUUUGAGAACUUCACCGCUGCGACAGCACUUCUAGUCACGUGGGAUCAUGUGAAUCCAUACCCUGCGAUUACAACUGCUCCUAGCCAGAAUACGACGUUCCAGCUACUGCUUGUAACCGACGGGGACGACACAUACGCCAUGUACAUCUACGGAGACAUGGGGUGGACAGUGGACGCUGGCCGGAUCGCUGUGGUCGGCUGGCAGUGUGGGUCACAGGCGUACAGGAACAACCCCUUCAGCGAAACCACGUCUGUCUUCAGGAUCAACGAGAAGAUAGAUGGUACCGAAAGGAGGAGGCGGAUCUGGGGGGCUAUACAACAGGAACUUGACCAAGCCUACAGCUGCCCAUGCAGCUACUCACAGCUGCAGCUGGACCGAAGGUUCUCUGUGUACAGGGAUGGUUGUUUCUAUGCCACCCUCCCGAGGCCAGGCUUCCACACUACGGCUACAAGGCGAUGUUGCUACAACUCUUAUGGAUCGCUGGAAGUUCAGUACCCGUCAGGGGGUCACUUCGUGCGGCACUCCCCCUUCCUGCAGCCCGCAGCAUUCUUGCGGGAGGACGUGGAGCCACGCACCGUGUGUUGUGACUUGUCUGACCUCUGUGGCCUGUACCUCACAGAACUCCGGCCUCCAGAUGACUGCCAUCUUUAUCAAACUCCUACACUAGCCACGUACUACGGCGACCCCCACCUGCAGACCAUGGACGGAUUGAACUACACAUUCAAUGGAUUGGGCGAGUACGUUCUCUUCCAAGUAGAGGAUCAGCACAAGCACCUCGUGUUCGAGAUCCAGGCCCGGACUGCAUCUGUGUCCACCUCCACCAACAACAACGCCACAAUAUUCACUGCAGUCGUCGUGCAGGACUACUUGGCAAGAUCUUCUAUUCAAGCCGAGCUUUCUCAGGACAAGAAAGAUCUGCUUUUUUACAACAAUGGUAAUGAUAUCAGCGCUGACAUUAAAGGAAAUUUCAUGAGUAUAACAAACUCCUCAUCCAUUUGGACAGAUGGUCUCGUCAUCAUCGCCACGUUACCUUCAGGUGUAAGUGUCAACAUCACUCACAACGUACAGAUGCUAGACGUUGCCCUCACCGUGCCCUCUGAUUGGCGGAAUAACUCGGAUUUUACGAUCAGUGGACUGCUGGGAAAUUUCAAUGGCGACUUGACCGAUGACUUUACUCUACCAAAUGGCACUACUCUGAGCCAUACGAUGCACGAUGAAGCCAUAUUUCAUAAGUUUGGAGAAAAAUGGCGCACAGUUCUGCCGAGUAUCAACAGGACAAAUGUGUUCAAGUACAACCCAGGGCGGGCCUCUUCCUUCUAUCAGCAUCCGGAAUUUCUUCCCCUGUUCCUUGACACAAUGAAUAAAACACACGAGGCCGAGAUUGCUUGUGGACGCGACGACUUGGAGUGUAUCUAUGACUACGUGGUCACUGGAGACGCCACCAUAUCCAACAACACCAAAUACGUGAAAAAAACAGCAGCUGAGAAGAGGAUAUACACAGAAAACCAUGUCCCUCGAGUGAUCAGCGACGUGCAGGUGAACGCCACUGUUGGUAAAAGUGUCACUGUCACCGCCACAGCUCUCGACGACGACAUUGACCAGAACGUCACCCUGAUCAUGUCCGGAUCCUAUAAACACCAGAACAUGAGCAAAACUAACACCAGCCUUCAAUAUGUUUUCACUCCCCAUGGUGUAACACCCUUCAACAUCAGUUUUCACGCCGUAGACAGUGCCGGUGGGUCGUCGCCAACUCUGCAAGUUCGGAUUGUACUCUGCCCCAACUGCAGCAACAACGGCAGUUGUUACUUCCUUACGUCGCCCAACCAGAAUUUCCUUCCACUGAACUGCGAGUGCCCAUCUGGAUGGUUGGGGUCUACAUGCGACAUUGACUUCAAUGGUUGCCAACCCAACCCAUGCCCCACGGGUACCAACUGCACAGACCUCUCCCCAGCGGAGCAGCAGAGACUGGGUCGCCCGAACAACUGUACAUGUCGCGAGGGAUUCAGUUUAUCAGACGGAAAAUGCACAGAUAUAGAUGAAUGCCAUAAUGAUGACCAUGGUUGCAACGGAACAUGUCACAACACCCCCGGCAGUUAUUAUUGUACAUGCGACAAGGGCUACGUUCUAUCUUCCGAUGGUAAAGCAUGUCGAGACAUCAAUGAGUGUCACGAGAGAACUGACCACUGCGACCAAAAGUGUAACAACACCCUGGGGGGAUUCCAGUGCGCGUGUCACGAGGGGUACAACAUGACUGUAAACGGGACAUGUAAAGCCAUUACAGCCGGAUUGAAGACGUGUGCUGAAAGUGGCCUGAACUGUUCCCACUGUUUGGAGGAUUCAUUUGGUGCCAGGUGUUUUUGCCCACGAGGAUGGACACUGUUCGAUGGGACGAUAUGUCAAGACAUCGACGAAUGCUCCACCAUACAGCCUUGCAAUCAAACCUGCAGCAACACCGACGGCGGCUUUCUCUGUUCCUGUGCUCCUGGAUACACCCUUCAGGUUGACAAGACCACGUGCAAAGCUUGCACAGAUCCCUUGAUGUUCGGUCCCAAUUGUUCAUUGAGCUGUGCCCAAUGUCAACAUCUUCAACGAUGCGACCAAGAGAAAGGGUGCAUUUGUGAGGAAGGUUAUACUGGAAGUGACUGCAGCGACGACAUAGACGAAUGUCAGAGAGAUAGCUCCCCUUGUUCCGACAACUACGAACAAUGUGUCAACACUAUCGGUAGCUUCAUUUGUAACUGCAAGGAAGGGUAUUAUAGGAAUCCCAAAGGAGCGUGCCAAAAUAUCGAUGAAUGUACCACAGGAGAUUACAGUUGUGAGGAACAUGCCAGUUGCCAUGACAAUGAAGGGAGCUACACGUGUGUUUGUGAUAAAGGUUACUCUAGGAACGGGACACAGUGUAAAGACAUCGACGAAUGCACACUCAAGACAGACAACUGUGUACAAGAUUGCGAGAACGUGGAAGGCUCCUUCAACUGCCUCUGCCAUCCUGGCUACGUCUUAAACAGCGACGGCUUUAACUGUACAACUGACUUAGAAGAUCCAUGCCCAAUAGACUGUGGGAGAAAUGCUGUAUGUAACGCCAGUGGCCUCUGUGUUUGUGAGAGGAGAUACGACAACGUUACCGGGAUAUGUGAAAAAAAAGACCCAUGCAGCGGACGCCUCUGUACACAUGGCACGUGUGAUAACAGCACGGGUUUCUGUCAGUGUCAUGAUGGAUACCUCUUGGACAACACCAAACUAAGCUGUAUAGCCUGUACUGACGGAACCUGGGGCCCUAACUGUACGCAUAGAUGUACCUGUGGUCCCAAAGCUACUUCAUCUGCCUGUAACCACAUCAGCGGAAACUGCACCUGCAGCCCCUACUGGACAGGACCAAACUGCACGACACACGAGAACGAGUGCGAUAGGGGCGUUUGUGGUAACGGAACUUGCACUAACACUCCGGAGUCGUACAACUGUUCUUGCCGUGAAGGGUACAGCUUCAACCCUGACAAAAGGCAAUGUGAAGACAUAGAUGAGUGUACAAGGAUGCGUGACAAGAUCUGCCUACAGAACAGUUCCUGUGACAACACCGACGGUGGCUAUGUCUGUAAAUGCCACAACGGCUUCAAAUUACAGUCUGAUAACGUCACCUGCGUCCCCAUCCCACUGAAGACCGAUCCCACGACCACAUCCAUUAAGACAACCUCCACUGAACACCCAAAGUAGUGCCACCAGCAUCACCGGCACGGCAGCACCAGCACCA